AUGACGCAACCAAUGAGACUCCCUUCGGGGUAUAGCCCUAUAAAAAAAUAUGUCUUCACGAAAGUAACGCAAAUGAUAAGCACAACUUAUUACCUCAUGUCUCUUUACCAAAGAUGGGAAGAGUUUUACUAUUGUGAGAACGCAUACAAAAACAACUGCGAAGUUGUAGUUAAUAUUCAAGUUGAACCAGUAGUUGUGAAGAUUGAGGGACAUGAGAUAGAAGAAAAGAGUGGAAGUAUGGAUGAAAAUGAGGUCGUGUGGUUUGAGGUUGCAGACAAGAGAAUAAGUUUGAAAAAUGCUGUUAUUAUGAGGAUGGAAAGGGAAGAGUUGAAUUUUGGGUGGAAGAGUGAUCCUCAAGAAACGGUGAUUGAGAGAUCUAGCAAAUUUAGUGGUGGUGAUUCGAACUGGAAGAGCUAUAGAUGUUAUGUGUUGGUGAAGAGCUUUGUGUUGAAGAGAAGGGAUGAGAGUAUAGUUGUGACAUUUGAGUUCAGACAUGUUAAUAAGUUGAAUACCAAGUGGGAAUUAUAAGAGUUUCUUGUGUUGAAGCUUUCUUGUGUGUUGGUAGUGUUUUUAUUCA